AUGAAGAAGGUCUUCGGCGUGCUGUGUGUGGACGGCUUGACUCGGGAAGGCUUGGUCGAGGACGGCGCAGAGCUGCAGAGGUACCAUGUCGUCUGCCGUGGGAUUACCCGAGAGAGGCUCAGGAGCGAUCAUCUUGAUGAGGAGGCCCUCGCAUCCAUCCGGGCGAGCUUGUUUCGCCUCUGUCAAGGACACCGGCCUCUUGCCGGCCUCACUGUCGACCUGGGCUAUCUGUGGAUGAAGCAUCAGUGCGCCCUGCGCCGGCUUGUUCCCCGGUGGCUGCUGCUGACGACGCCCCUUGUGCAACUGCCCUUGAUCCGGACAUGCUUCAGAUCCACGGAUGUUACACUCCUGGUCGUAUGGGAAGAUGCUGCAGUCUCCGAGCUCAGCUGGCUGGAAGCAUCGUCGAAUAUCCGCAUCGACGGUCAGGUGGAGGUCAUGACUGUCCGAGCCUCCCAACCAGGGUGGUCCGAUUUCCUGUCAAAGCAGGCCGACAAGGAGCAGGCUUUGUUACUGGACUUGGUGGACAGGGUACAGAUGAGGGUGGCGGAAUUGUCUCGCAAGGACGUCGCAGUCAGCAGCAUCCUUGUAGACGGUGCAUUGAGCCGGUUCAGCAAGGGCUUGAGAAAGGCCACGCAGCUGCCUAUCUUUGAUGAGGUGUCUAUGAUGGGCCUAUUCUCUACUGCCUCCUCGCUGAGCGAGUUCAGCGAAGCCAGCGUGGUGGGUCGUUUGGAGGACAGGCUGCAACGGAGUGGCAACGGUCAGACCCAGAGCUCGGUGCGAGACCGGCCGACAGCAGGCCAACUGGGAAUCGUCCAAUUGGACUCGUAUGAGUACGUGCGGGCCGUGGGCGAUGCUGACCAUGAGAGCACCUUCAGCUUCCAGACCUGUCCACGCGUGGCGCAAGGCUUGAGCUUCGAGAAGGCGCAGAAAGCAGCACAGGAGCCAGGGAUGCUGGAGAGCUUGAGGCAGCUGGCCAAGGAGAUGGAGACGGCGCACUGUUUCGGCAUUGCGGGGAACUGCGGCUUCAUGCAAUUCUACCAGGCCUUGGUCAGGGAGGCUGUCAGCGUGCCCGUGUUUCUGAGUGCCCUGGUCCAAGUGCCCACGAUGGCUGCGGCCCUCGACCCUCGCGACAGGAUCUUGAUCCUCACUGCCAAUGAGACGUCCUUUCGGGAAGCGCAGGAGCUCCUGCUGCGCGCAGAGUGCUGCAACGUGGCUUUGGAUCAGAUCGUGGUGAGAGGAUGCGAGGAUGUGCCAGGUUUCGAGGCCGUGGCCAAGAUGGAGCAAGUGGACACUCAGAAAGUCGAAAACAGCCUCAGCCAGUUUGUUGAGGAGAUCCUUGCCGAAGGCGAUGGUGCUUCCAUCAAGAUGAUCGUCCUGGAGUGCACGGAGUUACCCCAUUACGCCGCCAGACUGCGCCAAGUCAGUGGCUUGCCCGUUUUGGAUCUCGUUACAUGUGCCAACUUUUUUGCCAAGGUGUUGGUAGGGAGCUUUUGA